AUUUGCUUUUGAGAUAUCAGAGGCUUCAAUUUCAAUGCUUAAAGUUGUAUUCUAUUCUGUAGUCUUUUCCAAUUUGUUCCACUGCACUGGACAAUUCAAUUUUAUUCAAAUUCACUUAUUCCCCUAAAGGAAAGAGACUGCGCCAAUUAUUGUCAACAAAAAUAAAGAAGAUUGCACUAUUGUUCGUGGCAGUCAUCGUGAUGAAUCCUUUCUAUGAGUGGUAAUCUCAGAUCUCUUCUUUGCCUGGCUGUAGUCAUUCCCAUCAGAGUCCCCGGACUCCCUAAAUAUCAAGACCGUGUAUGUGAUCAGGCUGAUUUUAACAAAACCCCACUUUUUGAAUCUUUAUUUGUGCUUUUCUUUUUAUAUUUUUAACUUUUUCUUAUCUCAAUAUAACUUGAAUAACUCCGAAAUUAAAAAUUAUUAUUAUCAUUGCUCAAGUUUUAAAUGAUUAAAUCUAAUUAAACUUGAGGUAUAAUAAACACGUCAGAUGGACACAUCCAAUUAUAUUUAAGAAUUCAGAUAGGUAAAUCAUUAUACAGGUAACAAAAUCAUUAGCACACCUCCCAACAUCAUUUCUUUGCUACAAGCAUGGCAGCGCAGAGAAAGCCCUAACGUUCUCAAUAUCCUAUAAGAAUCAUUGGCCUUUCAAUUUCACACUAAAAAGAUCAAAAUUAAAGAAAAAAAGAUGGAUGUGGAUGAAGAGGAUUUCGUGUUCUACGGUACGCCAAUAGAGCGCGAGGAAGAGAUCACCAGCCGUAAGAAGAAAGCCGUCGCUGAAGCCUCUGGUCAUCUCCGAACCCUAGUUCCUUGGAAGCAAGAGGUUAGAGAUGAAGAAGGAAGAAGAAGAUUUCAUGGAGCAUUUACUGGAGGAUACUCUGCCGGUUAUUAUAAUACAGUUGGCUCAAAGGAGGGUUGGACUCCUCAAUCAUUUACGUCAUCUCGGAAAAACAGAGCUGAAGUUAAACAGCAAAACAUUCUUAAUUUUUUAGAUGAUGAUGAGAGAGCUGAAUUGGAAGAUCGUUCCUUGGGGACAUCAUCGCAGUUUGAUACAUUUGGCUUUACCGCUGCUGAAUAUGCUCGUAAACAAGCUGAGAAAGAACAACAACAGAGACCAUCAGCUAUUCCUGGACCAGUUCCUGAUGAAUUAGUUCUUCCAGCCACAGAGUCUAUUGGUGUAAAAUUGCUGCUGAAGAUGGGAUGGAGACAUGGUCAUUCAAUCAGGGGUUCCCGUGCAAAUUCACUCUAUGAUGCUCGUAGAGAAGCUAGAAAAGCUCUCUUAGCAUUAUCAUCUGACGAUGCAAAUGUGCAUUGCAUUAAGUCUGAGCCUGGUGAGGAUGAUCUUGGAAGCUUAGGGUUCUCUGUGAAUGAUGAUGUUCAAACUUCUAGAAGCACACCUGUUUUUGUACUCAACCCCAAGCAGGAUUUGUAUGGUUUGGGGUAUGAUCCAUAUAAGCAUGCUCCUGAGUUCAGAGAGAAGAAAAGGUCACGUGUAUCUGAUAAUAGAGAGCCAGGGAAUAGAAAAGCUUUAUUAAUGAGAGAUGGUCUCUUUGGUUUCAAGUCAGGAAAGGCUGCUCCUGGCUUUGGCAUUGGAGCAUUGGAAGAAUAUGAUGCUGAAGAUGAGGAUCUCUAUGGAACUGCUUAUGAUUUUGAAGAAACUUGUGUCGAAGAAGUUGAAGAGCCAGCGAGAAUCAGCACAGACCAUAAGCAAAAACUGGUAUGGAAGGAGCAAGGUGUUCUGCCUGGAUUUAGGGUUGCAUCAAAUUCUGAUUACCAAUUGGAGAGAUUUGAUCCUCCAGUAAUACCUAAGGAUUUUGUGCCCCACCAUAAAUUUCCUGGUUCCCUCCAGGCUGAUGACAAGCACACUAUUCCUCCUCCACCUGAGGUUCCUCCUCCAGACGACAAUAAUUUGAAACUCUUAAUCGAGGGGGUUGCAACGUUAGUUGCUCGAUGUGGUAAAUUAUUUGAGGACCUUUCCAGGGAUAAAAAUCAAUCAAAUCCAUUAUUUAGUUUCCUUAAUGGAGGAAAUGGCCAUGAAUAUUAUGCUAGAAAGUUGUGGGAGGAAUGCCAGAAAUGUAAUGAUCAGAAGCAUCUUGCUUUGGAUGGGAAAUCAUCUUCAAGUGUGCAGAGGAUGACUGCAGAGAGCCGUGCAAAUUUAUUAGGGGAAAAGCCUUUAGAAAGAAGCUUGAAAGAAAAUACUUCGUCUGUUGCUUCUGCAGAUUUUAAUCUCCAGUUCAAUCUUUCAGAUACAUUCAUCAAGCCUGCUUCUUAUAGUGAGUUGCCUGAAGUAGCAAAACCUUUCAAAGAUGAUCCUGCAAAGCAAGAGAGAUUUGAGCAGUUUCUCAAGGAAAAGUACUACGGAGGACUUCGUUCUAUGGAUUCUGUUGGAGCUAGCAAUAUGUCAGAAGCAGCUCGUGCACGUGAGAGAUUGGACUUUGAGGCUGCAGCUGAGGCAAUAGAGAAAGGGAAGGGGAACAAGGAGACCAAACUCUCUGCACAACAGUUUAUGGCGUUUUCGACCGGUGGAGGGACGCAGUUUACUUCUGGUGGAUUGGAGCAAGUAAAAGAUGCUCAUGCUGAAGAUUUAUUAAUGAAGAAAAUUUAUCCCAAAAGAGAAGAAUUCCAAUGGCGUCCUCUACCUAUUCUGUGCAAGCGCUUUGAUCUAAUUGAUCCUUAUAUGGGAAAGCCACCGCCCCCUCCACGGAUGCGAAGCAAGUUGGAUUCUUUGAUAUUCACAUCAGAUUCUGUCAAACCCACAAAACUGGAAGAAACUACUAAUGCAAAUAGAGAUCGAAUUUCAAAUCUUCAAUCUGGCACGCAAAAAAUAAGCAAGGAUGCAGCUGAUAGUGAAAAGGUAGUUGAGGUACAAGUAGAAAAUGUGGAGAGGCCAGUUGACCUUUACAAGGCUAUUUUCUCAGAUGAUUCUGAUGAUGAGGUUGAAGCCUCUACUGCGAAUAAGGUGGAGGAUCCAGACAAAAAGGUUGAAGUGGCUCACACAACGUUAAAUCGCUUGAUAGCAGGUGAUUUUUUAGAAUCAUUGGGAAAGGAGCUGGGCCUAGAGGUUCCCCCUGAUAUGCCGUAUUCAACAAAUAAAACCGGGACUUCUACUUCUAAGAAAGACUCUGCUAUUGCCAAUACGAGGGAUGUGAAUAUCCUGCCAAUUGAAAAUAAGUCAUCUUCCAACCCUAAUGCUUCCAAUGCAACCUACAGAAAUGAAGGGGUUCAUCAGGAGAUUGCUAAAGGGAGUGAAUCCCUAAAGAAUGAGUCCGCCCCUCGCAACCCCCCAAGUGGUAGCAGCAGAUAUAUGGAACAUGGUGGGCCUAAUAGUAGAGUUGGUGUUAUUGAUUUAGAUAAGACAUCUCUAGAGGAUAGUAAAGCUAAAUCUCCCCGCAGUCGCCACCGAAAACUGAGUGGCAGUUCAUCAGAAGAUGAGAAGAGCAGGAAACAUUCCAGGAGACAUCGUUAUAGUAGUAGUGACUCAUAUAGCGAGUCAUCUAGUGAUGAUUGGAGUCGGCAUCAUUCUAGGUCAAAAGGAAGGAAGAAAGGAUCCUCUCGGGAAAGGAAGAGCAGCAGUAAAAAGCAUUCAAAACGCCAUAAGCACAGAAGCAGGGACUCGCCUGAAAGAUCUCAUCUUAGUACUGAAAAAGAGCGUGCAGGGUCCAAGAGAGAAAAGCGGAAAUGGAGGGAUUGAAUUUUGUCAUAUAGAAGUACUUGCCAGAAAAAUGAGUAGCAUAUGCCUUCAUGGCCUGCAUGGCUUAGUUCAGUGGGCGAAUUAAUGUACUUUGAGCCAUUUCCUGGGCUUCUGAUAGCCAUCACAUCGUUUUGCUGGGAUUUUUACAAAUUCAAAAUAUCUUAUUACAAAUCAUGGCAAAAUCUAAAUAAUGCCUCAAUGUAUAAACGAAAAGGGUUAAGAAAGGGAUGGGAAUUAACUCUAUUUUUGAUCUACAACGUGUCCAUAGGUUUAUGUUGGUACUUUGGAUCCAAAUGCGCUGGUAUUUUAGCCAUGAUGCAGUACUAUUUUGAACAUUGAAAGAAAUUGAAGAUUUGAGAGUUUGGUUAUGUGUAAUGGUAUGUAACGAUUUUGGAUAUGGGAAUACAAUGGGGAGGAUGUCAUUCUCAUGCA